AUGGCGUCGCCCGGUAGUGAAUCACCCCGAUCUGAUGUCCAGUCUUCACUGCCGUCAUUGCGUUCCCCGUCUCACCUAACUCCGUCCCCAACUACCGCCCCACCCCCAUCCGCAUCGACCGUCGGUGCUGCUCUACUCCGUGACUAUGCCCUCCAUAUAGAGCCCUCCCAGACACACAUCCCCCAACCCGACCCGACUCCUCAGGCCCCCGGCAGCGACGCGCUGCCUCCCCGCAAGAUAGAUUCGGCUCAGGAGGAGGCCAGUAGGUCACUGCCCUCCUCGACUUUGCGCCGAUUCCGCCAGAAAUCAAUCUCCGGACAUCGUCCGCAGAAGGCCCUCUCCACCGACUGCAUCCCGCGCCAGACCAUCAUGAAGGCCCUCGCUUCACGAACCUCCUUCCCCGGCCCCGGCCAAAAUUCAACAUUGGGAAACUCCUGGUCCGGUCUCAUUGCCAGCAAUAAUACCAACCAGAACUCCUCGCCUGAGGAUCGGGAGCGCCGGUGUAGCAAUGCGUCAUCCCAAGGAUUAUCGGCCGCCUUAACCAACUUGCAACUCAGCAACUACGUGGAACGAUCCCCCGCGACCGCUCGGUUGGUGCUACAGUCGCCUUGUUAUUUCCAUCAGCGUUUUGAUGACGCCGUCAAUAUCAAGAAGGUCCUCGAGGAGAUCGCCGACGAUGAGUGGCUCUCACAUUCGCGAUUAGUACAGACCGCAACCGGGGUUCGAGAGGUAUCCAAACAAUUACAACGGCGUCCAAUCAAGCGCGCGGUCCGCAACAUUAUGAUCGUUACCAAGGCGCGUGACAACAGUCUUGUACUUUUGACGCGCGAACUCGCCGAAUGGCUACUGUCCACCCCACGAUACGGAAGCGAUUUGGGUGUCAAUGUCUACGUCGAUGCAAAGUUACGGAAUUCCAAGCGAUUCGAUGCCCCGGGCCUCCUACAAAAGGAACCACGGUUCGCUCAGAUGCUGCAAUUCUGGACACCAGAUCUGUGUUGGACGUCACCGGAUAAAUUCGAUUUGGUCUUGACGCUUGGAGGCGAUGGAACGGUCUUAUUUACCUCAUGGUUGUUCCAGCGGGUUGUGCCGCCGGUGCUCUGUUUCUCACUAGGGAGUCUGGGAUUCCUUACCAACUUCGAGUUUGCGGAAUAUAAAUCCCAUCUCAAUGGAGUUAUGGGAGAUGUGGGCAUGCGCGUCAAUCUGCGGAUGCGAUUCACCUGUACAGUGUUCCGGAAAGAUCGCAGCAAGGGCGCAGAAGUUGGAGCAGUCGAGGAGGGCGAGCAGUUCGAAGUACUCAACGAAGUGGUCAUUGAUCGAGGGCCAUCUCCCUACGUGUCGAACUUGGAAUUAUAUGCCGAUAACGAGCUUCUGACAGUCGUCCAAGCGGACGGCUGUAUCUUCUCUACGCCCACUGGCUCUACUGCCUAUUCUUUGUCCGCUGGCGGCUCCCUCAUGCACCCCUCUAUCCCUGGAAUCCUCCUCACACCGAUCUGUCCUCACACACUCUCCUUCCGCCCAAUGGUCCUAUCAGACUCCCACCUUCUCCGCGUCGCAGUCCCCAAUAGCUCCCGUUCAACAGCCUACUGUUCCUUCGAUGGCAAGGGUCGCGUCGAGCUUCGACAAGGCGACUACGUCACCGUCGAAGCAAGUCAAUACCCCUUCCCCACAGUCGUCUCCGACAGCGGCGAGUGGUUCACAAGUGUCCAGCGCGCUUUACGCUGGAAUACCCGAGGAGCCGUACAAAAAAGCUGGGACGGGGACAUUAACGGCGAUGCCGAAGAUGAACAGUGGGACAUCGACACCGACACAGGACUAGCCGGCACAGACAGCGGCAUAGGUCCCAGUGAAGAUGGCGAUUAUUUCUCCCCGAAUCCCAUGCGCCGACAAAUGUCCAUGCUCAACAUGUGA